AUGCAUCAGCUGCGGCGGCAUCUGAAGCACAAGGCUGACAGUUUGAGACGUCAGGCCGUAGCUAACAACGCCGGCGGGCGGAGCAGAACCAUUGACCACCUGCUGCCCGUCGCAGAAGAUGGCCGCAGGGCCAAGCCGUCUGGCAAGGGAGGCUGGAAGAAGUGGACGCCUGAGGCGCUGUUGAGGGCAGCUUUUGCCAGCGAGAAUGCGGCGCUUCGCCAAGUUGCGCAAGAAGUUGAUGGAGCCAGCGCAGCGCAUGCGCGGAGAGCCAGGCUUUUUGUUGCUCAGCUAAUCGAGCAAACGCAGCGGGAAGGCAUGGACCGUGAGUGCCGCCAGAUGGCGCACGCUGCCACUGAGGCUGGACAGGGCCCUCUCUUCCACAUUCUAAACAUCAUGUUCGACGAGACAGAGCUAGAUGUCGCCCUGCACGGCCUUGGGCCUGGUACAUGGUCCAUUUUGGCAUCCCACGCGCAGAUCAGCGUGCGCGCAGCCGACCAGACCCGAGACUACGACAUCGUCCGCCCCCCUCAGGCCUUGCCAAACAAGACUGCGCCCUGCAUGUUUGGCGCGCUCUGUCAGAACCUGGGCGGCCUUUGGCCAAGUGAGUUUGCCCAAGCUGCUCGCUUCCCAGUAGUUUUGGUGACUUGUGACCAGUUUAGUGCCAACAUACGGCUACUGAAGCACUUGCAUGCGUCUUUGCCAGAACAUUGUUACCUGCUUCCGAACUUAUGCGCCCAACAUAGGAAUGGCAAUGUCGUCGAGAGGGUGACAAAAGCUCUCGGCGUGCUCCCUGGUGCUUUCUGCGUUGCGAAAACUUUGAGCCGAGGGCAGAAAAUGAGGAGCCUGAUUGCAGCCGUCAAGACAGCCUUGCAAGGAACGCUCAUUGUCCUGCCGCAGGAGCCCCCAGGCUUGCAAGCCGAGUGGUUAGCCGGCAGGCAGCACGCUGCCCAGUUUUUGGAGCUCGCCUUUGGCGCAGUUACUGAGAACAAGCGCCGGGCACGGCGGGCCCAGGAGUUCUUGGCCUUCUUCGCCGGGCCCUGGCUGCGCUUGUCCACGGCUUUGCGUGACCGCUUGUUGUUCGUCAGCAGCCGUUUUGCUCAAGUUCACGCGCUAGCCCUGGCGACUCUCAGCCUUGGGUUGCCAGCAAUGGCUGACAGUCGCUUCGUGGAGGCCUCCACGUUCGGGCUGGGCAAGUGCUUCCUGCCUGGUGACUUGAGGAGCAGCCAGCUCCGCGGCCUCUGGCCUAGUCCUGAAAUGGGUGAGACCGGCUUUGCCGAAGGUCUUGGCAUUUUGAAGGACUACUUGGUCACUGACGCGUAUGGCGGUGUCAGCGCAGUGCGCUACGCACGAGACGAGUACAACCGGAGGAGCCCAAUGCACGUCAUGCUGGACAUCCCAGGGGGCGGCAAGCUGUGGCUUGGAGGACAGGCAGCGCUGACGCCCAAUAGCCUCAUGCAGAACGAGAUCAGUGUUGUUUGGCCUGCUUGCAGGGCGGUUGUAGGUGAGGAGGAGACCUGCUGCGCGCGCUUUUUGGAGCCCGUGGACGGCACGGCCGUUGUCCACAAUGACGUGCCCCUGGCCCAGUUGCUCGAGCUUGUGGACGAAGUCAUCCGCCUCUUGGUCGUGGAAAAGCGCUCCGUGCUUUCGGUGUGCAGGAACGGUGCCCACAGGUCUGCGACCUUGUUGUGUCUUACUCUUAUGAGGCUUUUCGGGUGGACGGCGCAGGAGUGCGAGCGUCACGUGACGCAGCUUCGCAACAUCGUCGACAUGCGCAGCAGGGCGCCCCCAAGCGCAAGGCGUGUGAACACGGUGCGUCCUGUGGACUGGUUGGCUGAGGUCUCUGACCAAGUUCGGCAAGACCGCCCGGUCUAUGAUGUUGCCGUGAACCAGAUGUGCACCCCUCUUCAGCUGACCCAGAAAGCGCUGAGUCUUGGCUUUGUCAAUAGGUGCUUUGUGAGGAAGGUGCGAAAGUUGGAGGCGCCUAUGUCAGGCCCAAAGCCUGGCGAGGGCCGCGAGGGUGACGUCACCGAGUCAGACGCUGGAAGCACGGUCCUUGUGGGCAGGAAGGAGCGCUCGUCCAGCGGUGAUGGCGCGGACACCUCUGUCUGA